GAACCAUCAGUCACUAUGGGGGUGACAGGCUUGUGGUCGCUGCUGGAGGGAAACAGACAGAUCUACACCAACAUCCACUUCAGGGACAGCAAGCUUGUGGUGGACGGAAGUAGCCUGGCCCACCACAUCUACAACAUGGCCAACCUGGACCAGAACCACGGCGGGGAGUACCUGGCCUUCCAGGUGGAUGUCCAGGCUUUCUUCAAGAAUCUGGCCGACUGUGGAAUCAAACCGUAUGUGUUGCUGGACGGAGGCUCGGGCCCCAGCGACAUCAAACUAAACCGCAGGAUGGACCUUCAAAGACAACGUGUCAAGAAGAUCCCUGACGCUCUGAAGGGUGGGAAAAUUGACUUCUAUGCCCUCUUUACCACAACAGUGUUCGAAGAGACGCUGAACGACAUGAAGGUGCCGCUGAUCAGGUGCUUCGGACAGGCCGACGGCCAGCUGGCUGCCCUGGCCAGAGAGUGGUGCUGCCCGGUGCUGUCCACAGACACUGACUUCUACAUCUACGACCUUCCAGAGGGGGUUCUGCCCCUGGAUCACUUCCAGUGGGACUCAGUUAAAGCAAGUGGGGCCAGGAGUUACAUCUCCUGCAAGCGAUACACCACGUCCAGCUUCUGUUCCCUUUUCAACAUCGACCAUCAGCUGCUGCCCGCCUUCGCCGCUUUGGCAGGGAAUGACUACGUCAACCUCAGAGAUGUUAAGUGGGCCAGUUACGUUCCAGCGGGAAGUCCUACAAUGAAGUUCAGAACCUCUAGCCUGGUGGGCCUCCUGAGUUGGCUUGGAGCCAGGAAAGACGAGACGACAGAAGACACCUUGACAGCAGCGAUGGCACUCAUACCCAACAUUAGCCAACAGGCGCGGACGGAAAUGCGGACGGAGGUGCAGAACGCCAUGCUAGAGUACCGACUCCCAAGCUCCUCUCUGCGGAGGUCUUUCAGUGAGGGGAUUGUUCCACCGCUGCCUCCUGAGAUGUCGAGCAGGGUCCCUGAGUGGGUCCCUGCAUCCCUGGCCAGAGGAGACCUGGGGGCCAACAUACUGGACUAUGACAUACUUGUGCACAGGAGGAAGUUUCUGCGAAUCCAGGUGGAGUGCAGCGACCUGCAGAGCUCUAACCUCACCUCACGGCCCAUCCGGCAGGUGAUGUACGGGCUGCUGCUGGGCCAGCGGGAGGGUGAGGUGGAGGAGUGGGACCGGGACGGUCUGGAGCUCAUCGGUGUCAAGGUGCAACCGCUGGUCCAAGGAGCCGCUCAGACGCUGAGGCUGGACUCUCUGCCCCGGGCAGACCCCGCUGUGAGGCUGCAGGUGUGUCUGGAGACGCUGGGCGUGGAGGAAGAGACGCUGGAGGGAGUUCUGGCUCACCUGCGCCUCCCAGUGGCUGUGACCCGCUACUGGCUGAGGAGGGCCAGCCCUGAGCCGACGGUCCUCAAAGCUCUGCUGAUGGUCAUGGUCCAAGGAGAACUGAACCGACAGACAGGAGGGACAACAGGCUGGCAGGGGGUUACCAGCCACAACCCUCAGCCUCUGGACGGUGUCGUGGCUCACAGCUCCAACCAAUGGCAGGCCUGCCUGAAGGACGCCUCCCAGCUCAACCUGCUGCUCUGCAAGCCCCUCCCUGAACCCCACUACGCCUGGUUGUACCAGGGCAGGCUGGUGCACCGGCGGCAGAAGCAGCUCCAGGAGAGGGAGCCAGAGGACAUCGUACAGGACGACCAGUUCAGGAGACUGUACAGGAGGCUCCUGGGAGCAGUGACCCAGCCAGACCCCGGGGCCAACAGGAGGACUGGGGGGCCUGAGGCCCAGUUGAGGGCCAGAAUGGAGCACCUUCACCUCAACACCCAGGAGGAGGAGGAGGAGGAGGAGCUGGGAGGAGCUGAAGGCCUGGAUCAGGGCUCUGAUAGGCUGAGGGUGUCGGUUAGAACACGCUACAGAACCAAAGACAGGAAGUACCGGUCCAGAAACCCAGAGCUGUGGAGGAAGCAGGAGAGGGAGGGGUGGGGGUGAGCAGGAAGGGGCGGA